AUGGGAAAACUUACGGGAGGCCAUCAUGAUGCAUGCUCAACUCCAGAUUUUCCAGCUGGAAAUUCUUUCGCGACAGAGCUUAGAGACUCAGAUUCGCAAACUGAGAGUCAGAACAUACCUGAUGAAGUACACUCUUUGGAAGGGGGAUUUUCUGCCAUUUCAUUAGAUGAAGGCAGCCUUCAACGGACGGCAACGAUCGCUUUCAAUGCUUUGCGCUGCUUGUUCUGCAGGGCCAACAGCUCAACUUUCCAAGAGAACCUGGAACAUAUGCUGCAAAAACAUGGCUUGUUCAUACCCGAGGCUGGCUUGCAGGUGGACUUCGAGACCAUCGUGGAAUAUUUGCAUCUGGUUAUAUACGGAUAUUUUGAAUGCAUAUUUUGUGGCUCCCCAAGGAACAACGCUCAGGCAGCUCAGCAGCAUAUGCUCGGCAAAGGGCACUGUAAGAUCGACCUAGCAAGCGAUGAUUCAGAGUAUAGAGACUUCUAUGACUAUGAAGAAAGCUCUGAGGCAUCGGGUUCCGAAGAUGACGAUGGCGAACAUGAUACAAUGAGAAACCGGAAAACUCGGCAUAACGCGAAUAUCGUCGAAACCGGCAGUUUUAUGCGUUUAUCGUCCGGCAAAAUCUUAUCACAUCGAUCACAUAAUACUACACGCUUCUUACACGGGUCUACGAGCACCAGGACGCCGAAUGGCUCGACGCGAAUCUCAGCGGGAUCUCUUCAUGUACCUGAGGCUGCCUCAUUGCCAGCUGCUAGUUCCACUUCGGAUGCUGGACCUUCGAAGAGCGUCGCGAAGUGGGAGGCGACCUUCCAGCAACAGCUCUCCAGUUUGCGGGCUGAAGACAGAAGGAGCAUGAUGCAUUUGACUAUGCCACAGCAGCGUGCCCUCGUUAUGAAGAGCAAGAAGCAGGUAGAACGAGCGAGGAGGGAUGAGAAUGACAUGCUGCUGAAGAUCCAAUUAAAGGCAAACAGAUAA